AUGUCUGCCCAAUCCACACCCCACGGUGCUGUCCUCAAAGUCAUCUCACUGGGCAAAUUAAUGUCUAGUCCGGCCGCCGUCGCCGCCGAGCUGCUGGCCGCCUGCACAGACAUGGAGUUCUUCUAUCUGGACUGCACAGACUGGAAAGACGGCUCUCUGUCAGCCAGUCAGGUUCAACGCCUGUUCCAAAUCACCAAGACCCUGUAUGAUCUCCCUCAGAAGGAAAAGAGUGCAUGGGCAGCCGACCAUCAUCAUUCAGAGGAAACGAUUGUGGGGUACAAGGAGGCCGGGAUCGACCCAGGGCCAGUCGAGGGGCGAAAGGAUGGGUUUGAAGGGUUCAUGAUAUUUGAACACCCCCUGCGGAAUGUCGCAGAUCCCGCUACCAUGGUCGCGCCACGCCCACUCCAAGAAGAUGGUAACAUUCUGCAAGCAAAUAUCUCUGCACUUCGCGACAUUAGCCUCGCCAUUCUAGACAGCCUGUCGCAAUCUCUGGGGUUGACAGGGAUGUCCCACCUCACAUCCACUCACCGGGUGGGUGAAGCAUCAACCACAGCCCUCGGGCUUCUCAAGUACCUCUCCCAUGGUACAUCUGAAGAUAUUGGGGUGGGUCACAUCGCGCAUACGGACGCGGGCAGCUUGUCGUUUGUGUUCACGGAUGUGCCAGGGCUGCAAGUAGCACUUCCAGGAACGGUUGAGUGGGCGUAUAUUCCACCGCGAGAAGGCCAUGCGAUUGUAAACGUAGGGGACUCGUUGCACCUUCUUUCUCAAGGGAGACUGAGAUCGAGUUUGCAUCGCGUGGAGCCGUAUCUGGAUGCCCUCAACCGUACCAAGUACACCAUCGUCUACUUAGUGCGCCCAGAGACCGACGCAGUGUUUAUUGAUGGCGAUGGAAAGGAGUGGAAGUGUAAGGAUUGGUAUCUCAAGAAGUUUGAGAUUUUCGGAAAGGGAGCGAUUGAUCUGAGCGAUAGUUUUGUGUUGACAGGACGGGAGAAUUAUGACGGGCGCUGGAACCCGUUGACUGCCGCUGCAACGGUUUAG